UCAAGAUGUCAGCCUCCAUGCUAAGGUGGGCUGGAGGAGUUCUCAACAAAUUUAAUACGUUUACUGGGCCCUUAAUGUCAGUUACAAGUACAAGGAAUGCUUCUCAUAAAGCUGCAGGGGCAACAAGGAAUAAACAGAAAAAGACAGUGAAAAAGAAUCGAGGACCAAAGAAAAUGGAAGGAGAGUGGGUGAAUAAAGGGGAAAUUUUGGUUGCACAACUUGGCUUGAGGUUUUGGCCUGGUCAGAAUGUUGGAAUGGGAAGAGAUGGAACCUUGUAUGCUUUAGACAGUGGACAUGUGAUAACAUCCAGUGAACAACUGUCUCCUUACCCACACAGCCCUUUGUAUGAACAUGUUAAAGAAGGCAAUAAAAUAACUAAAAAAUUCUGGCAUGUUAUUCCUUUGCCUCAAAAACAGACAUUUAAACUGAAAUCACAAGUAUGACAGCAACUGCAGUGGAGUCCCUUAUGUGAAUAAGGGAAGUUUGUUAGAAGAGAUAGAAAUUAUUGAACAUUUUGGCAUGUUAUCUCUAGAUUGCCAUACGAAUAGGCAUGGAGUUUAACCUCAUAAGUUUGGCGACAACUUAGAUGUUCAAGUAGUGAUGUGCACAGUAGAGGGACAAAACAUAAAACCAUCAGGAUGUUGUGAAAAAAUUGAUGAGAUGUAAUGAUGGGAACAACAUAAAGUUGUCAAAUAUGUUGGAAAAUUUAGACUGCUGAUGUAUACAGGGAUGAAAGUUUCUGGACACUGACAUAUUUACAGUAAAACCAUUAUCCUGUUCUGUAGAGAUUAUGGACUGCAAAAUAAAAAUAUUGAGUAGAA